CACUGGCUUCUUAUAGUAUAUUUAUAUCCAACCAUGUUAUCACCUUGAAGUAAUUUGUCUGAAUUCAGUUUAUUCUCAUUAGAGGGAAAUAAUAAGAGCAGAAACAGCUUUGGUUUGUCUCCAUCUGCUGGUGGACCAACAGCUACACCAUCAUGCAAAGUGUAAACUGAAUUCAUGACUCACUUGUGCUCCUUCAACUGAGUUUAUCGUCCUGUCAUCUAUAAACUACGGAAAUAAAGUCUGAGUUUUUACAAGCAGCACAUCAGAUGGAAACAAAGCACACCAGGUCUGAACAUAAACUCCUACGCCUCCGUGUUAUGACAACAGCAGCUUUGGAUUAAUGCUUAAACUUGCCCUUUACAGCUGCAUGCCAGGUACGUCUUCUCCUUGAUAAACUGCACGAGGAGAGUUAAAUAUUGCCCCAGUGGUUUUACAUUCUGUCCUGUGUGACCGUAUGGGACACGCCCGGUUUGCCCUGAUCACCGCGAGAAGCUGCAGGAAAACGUAGACAGGGUAGAUCAAAUUUGUGCACUUCACACAUCGGUGAGCAUGAGGAGGUUUUUUCGAGCGCACAGAGAUGAAGAUUUCAGUCAGAUCCAGUAUCUGACAGCCAAAUGUACCCGCCUGGCACAUGACAAAGCAGUGGUCGACAGGGACUUUCUGGUGUCCAGAGAAAGAGAGAGGAGGCUGCAGAAUGAGCUGGAGGCGCUGACCAACCGCCUCCUCCACCAGGAGCAAAUCAACAUGGAGCUCAGGAUGAAACAGGACCAGCUCAUCUGCCAAAUCCGCCAACAGCAGGACUUGGUGCACUUGCUGCAGCAGCGUAUGGUCCUCCUGGCAGAGGAAAGCUUCCGAGAUGCAGAGCUGCUUCGACAGGUGGGCUCAGAGGUGCUGUGUCUCCAGAACUCUGAGGUGAGGUUACAGGGCCUUGUGGAGGAGAUGCAUGUUGAGGCCCAGCACAGAGCUGCUGUGGAACAGAGCCUCCAGGCGGAGCUGCAUGCUGAGUCCCAGCGUAGAGCUGCACUGACAGACAGGCUCCAGGAUGAGCUGCACAGUAAGACAGUGGAGUUGGAAAAGCUACAAGAGACCAAUCAAACACUAGUGAAGGAGCUGGAGGAUUUACAUAGUGCACAUCAGAAAGAGGUACGAGAGCUGCAGCAGGAGAACGAUGGGAGUCUGAGGAAACUGCAGGAGACAGCAGAGCAGUUUGAGUGGCUGUGUCAGCAACAGCGCUACUGGAUGUGUUGUGUAAAGAGAUUUAAAGACUGUCUGAUGGAGGAAAGAGAAGCUUUGCUGCGACAAGUCAGCGAGUUGGAAAAGAGGGCUGAGAAACUGUGGAAAAGGUCACAUGAUGAGGGUCCCAUUCAGGGCCUCCACUGCCCCCUACAGGACACGGACUGUAGUAAAAGUUUAAUGUCAUGGGAAACAGACACUGUGGCUGACCUGGAGUCUCAGGUGGAAAAGUCAAACACACUGUACGAGGACCUCUUCAAUCAGGCAGGGAGUCCGAUCAACAGAUACCAAAACCACCUUGAGGAUAGAAGCUCAGAGUUUGGAGUCAUCGCCUUUAUGUCUUCCCACUCUCUGCAAACCAAAUAUUUUGUCUGUGUGGUUACUGCUGUGGAAUAG